AUGAUGAAUUCUACAAGGCUUGCUUUGCGACUGCGACAACUGUAUGAGGGCUGUGGAGUCGGUGUUCCUCAUGCCCCUCGCCGUUUUCUUUCCCACCCAGUCACAAACCCAUAUCGACAAAUCGCCUGCUUUUCAGCCACCAAGCCACCAGCGUGUGCUAAUAUUGCCUCUUCAGAUCGCUUCACCUCUGCUCUGCAUCAGAACAAGGAUUGGGCAGCGCAGAUUGCCAAGGAGGAUCCUUCGCUCUUCCCCACACUCGCGGUCGGCCAGCACCCGGAGAUCCUCUGGAUUGGCUGCUCUGAUUCUCGAUGCCCUGAGACCACCCUUCUUGGUCUCAAACCGGGCGACGUCUUUGUUCACCGCAAUAUCGCCAAUGUCAUCCAUGCCGGCGACCUCAGCUCUUCAGCCGUGAUCGAGUAUGCUGUCCGCUACCUGCAGGUCAAGCACGUAGUCCUCUGCGGCCACACCAGCUGCGGUGGUGUUGCUGCAGCACUGGGUAACAAACAACUGGGUAUUCUUGAUCCCUGGCUGCUGCCUUUGCGCCAGCUCCGCGCGAGACACCUGGAUCUGCUGAACUCGCUCCCGGCCGACGAAGCCAACCUUAAACUGGUGGAAUUGAAUGUUUUGGAGGGUGUCAAGCUGUUGAAGGAGAAGAAUGUAAUCCUGGAAGCCGUACAGGAUCGGGGUCUUCAGGUUCACGGGUUGAUAUAUGAUGUUGGCAGCGGUGUUCUUCGAGAGAUGGACAUUGAUGAGCCGGAAGCGGAACUCAAGGCGCGCCUAACAUCGUUCAAGACCGACGUCUAG